GACGUGGUCACGUGUCAGAUCAACGCGGAAGUCAGCGCCGAUGUUUUCACAGCUUUGUUGAUAGAAGGGAAGCGGGGCCUGGAUUUUCUAAACUAAGCUGUUUAAAUUGCCAUUAUACCUGAGUUCUCUUCAUGGUCAGGAUGAGUGAGAAGCGCUCCCUGGAGGGCCAGGUGUACUCUGUGCCACUUAUCCAGCCGGAUGUGAGAAGAGAGGAGGCUAUACUGCAGAUAGCAGAUGCAUUAGUAUACCUGGAGAACAUAUCCACAGACAUUUUUCAAAGAGUGUCUGAGAGUGUGGAGAAGAACAGGCAGCAGCUGCAGAGCGUCACGGACCGCAUCAGACUGGCCCAGGCCCGAGUCGACAAGAUCAAAGGCAGUAAGAAGGCCACUAAGGUGUUCUCCAGUGCCAAAUACCCUGCUCCAGAUCGAUUAGCCGAUUACUCCUCCAUCUUUAGUGGAGCAACAGACCCCUCCUCACAGCCUCGCCCAAGACACCGAAUACAAUCCAAGAUCAGACCAUUUGAUGAGAAAGCCCUUCAAGAGCGGCUCAUGUAUUUCCCUGUGUGUGUGAACAAUAAGAAGAGGUCUGAGGAUGAGACAGAGGAGGGGCUGGGCAGUCUGCCACGCAACAUCUCCUCGGUCAGUUCGCUCCUGCUCUUCAACACCACCGAGAACCUAUACAAGAAGUAUGUUCUGCUGGACCCUCUGGCUGGAGCAGUGACAAAGACUCACACAGCUCUGGAAACUGAGAAAGAGGAAAAGCCAUUUGACGCUCCUCUGUCUAUCACCAAGCGAGAGCAGCUGGAGCGGCAGGCUGCAGAGAGCUACUUCUAUGUGCCAAACCUGGGCCAGGUGCCAGAGCUCGUGGUACCCAUGUACCUGCCUGACCUGCCUGGCAUUGCAGACGAUCUAUCCUAUAGUGCAGAUCUGGGCCCCGGCUUCGCACCGUCUGGGAACACCCACAACAUCCCAGAGCUGCCUUCCUUCUCUGUGGACGCCGAUUUGCCUGAUUUUUCACUGCAGCCGAGUGUCCAUCCUCCACCGCCCCCUCCUCCCCCUCCCCCUCCUGAGCCUGCCUCCUCUCCUGCUGUUCCUGCUGGAGCCCCACCCCCUCCUCCACCUCCCCCACCCCCUCCACCUGCAGACCUGCCCCCUGAAGCCUCACGCACGCCUCCCUCAGGCCCAGUAUCUGGUGCACCGUCUGAGGUGGUGCAGCCCUCUGACGGUCGGGCCAGUCUGCUGGAGUCCAUCCGUAACGCUGGCGGGAUCGGGAAGGCCAAACUCCGGAAUGUGAAGGAGAGGAAGAUGGAGAAGAAGAAGCAGAAGGAGCAGGAACAAGCAGUGGGGUCGGCCAUGACUGGAGGAGACUUCAUGUCAGAUCUCUUCAACAAGCUUGCCAUGCGCAGGAAAGGCAUCUCUGGGAAGGGCCCGGCUGGAGGAGAAGCAGGUGACACCCCCAGUGGUAGCGGAGGUGCAUUUGCCCGAAUGUCAGACGUGAUCCCCCCACCACCCGCUCCUCACACCACCACAGGCGAUGAUGAUGAUUGGGAGGCAUAGCAAAACUAUGCACUAUGGACUGCCAAUAACAUGGACACUUUACAUACAAGAUAUUAACAUGUUUUUAUUUUUUCACAGAACCGUAAUCAUAUAAAAAAAGAUCUGUGUAAAAUAUUUCAAAAAUUAAUAAGAAUGCAAAAAGUAUAAAUAGAGAACAAAUUCAUUUAUUAACAUUUAAAUCAUGCAAAAUUAACAAUUUAACCUUUUUAUUUCAAAAGAAUUUAAAAGGAACUGUAUGCAAGAUUAUUUAUUUAAUUUCAUUUAAAUUUAUUUGGACAUGAUGGCCAAAUUGUUUAUGUUGUAAUUUGGUAUUUUUGUUCUCAAGAUUAUUACCGAUUAGCCUCUCAUUUGGGUUGCAGUUUCAAUCCUGAAAUCUAGUGGGUUUAAACCUAUAAGGAAUCUCUAAUCUGAAUCCUUACUACCUAAACCCCAGUAGCAACAGCCAAUCAUUAAUCUGUGCCUCUGCUGCACUACAUGCUGUCCAAAUUCAAGAAUGUUAAAGUACUGGCAACCCUGGUUCAGUUGUGAUUGUUUUAAAUGUUUUAAAACGUUAAGAGCACAGGCUACAUACAGUUCCUUUAAGAAGCUAAACCUAUAUAAGAUACUAUAGAGAUCUCCGCUGUGCACAUGACUUGAAUGUACUGUAUAUAAAAGAAUUCUCAUUCCCUGAUACUGCUUGAACAAUAAACAUUUAUAUUUCUCAUA